AUGGCGUCGGAACACACGAUUACUCAAGCGCUUUUAGAAUGGAUUAACAGUUUCUCUCUCGGUAAAACGCUAAGAUCUACCGAGGAAUUAAGCGAUGGCACGAUACUUUGGGAAAUUCUGCAGGAUAUUGACCCUCAGUACUUUCUCAACGAAUUACCUGAGCGAAAUACGUCCGAUCACUGGGUUGCGAAACUGGCCAACUUGAAACAUGUCCACAAGCAUCUGACCGGUUAUCUACGAAUACAAACUGGCAAUAUGCCUUCCGGCUUGGAUCCGUCUCCUGAUCUUCAAGCUAUUGCGGAAAAGAACUCGGUGAAGGAAACCAACAAGCUCCUGAAACUGCUCCUGAUCGCCGUCAUACGCUCGCCAAACCCAGAGAGAUUCGUCAACCAAAUCCAGGAUUUAAGCUUACAGGCGCAGGAAGGGCUUAAGAUCGCAAUCGAGGAGUCAAACGGGGAAUUGAUCUCAAGUGAUGUCGAGGACGAAACCACCGAAGACACCAAGAAACAGGACCUUCCGGUCGAUCUCGAGCUACAAUUCGAAGAACGAGUGGGAAAGGUGAUUGCGGAGAACGAUCGCUUGACGCAUGAAAAGAAGGAGUUGGAGAAAGCGCUGGAAGAUCUACACAACCGCCUAGCGCGCCUCCAGGAAAACAAUGACACUUUGCAGAGCCGCCUUGCUUCAACGGAGGAUCGCUUGGUGACGCUGAAGUCCGGAAAAGGCGACAUCGGGGUCAGUGCAAAGGCAUUGGAGUCGAAGACGCGUCAGCAGGAGGAUUUGAUCGCAUCGCAGGAGGAGCGAAUCGCCGCAGCGCAGGAUGAGAUCGACAGCUUGCGCAUGACGGUGGAGUCACUACAUGUCAAGAAUCAGCGCUUCCAGAAACUGCAAGAUGACUAUGAUGAGCUCAAGACCGACAGGGACCAGCUUGCACGAAAAGCCAAUGCAGCGGAAAAAUACCGCCAAAAGCUGCAGGCCAGUCAGGAUUUUGAGAAAGAGAACCAGAGUCUGAAGAACCAGAUUAAGGACCUCCAGCAGCAACUAAAAGACGCGGACUCGCACCAGAGAUGGUCAGCGGAGCGUGAAGUGGAACUUGAGGAAUAUCGCAGAGUCCUUCCACGCAUCGAGCAGGAAUGCAGCGAGAUUCAGAACCUGAAAAAGCAGCUUGAAUUCAACAAUCAUGCUCUUACGGAACGCCUCAGUAGUGCCGAAGAACAGCGCGAGAGAGAUGAUGCGCUGAUUAGUGAACUGAGAGAACGGAUCCGCGAGCUUGAGGGCUCGCCCGGAAGUCCAUCGCUCACUCCAGGCGCCGAAACACCAAAGCGAGGCACAUUGCAAGAAGACUUUGAGGGCAUAGGUAUCCAGGAAUCGCAACUUAAAGCGGAAAAUGACGAGUCGCGCAAGGAGGUUGAGUCACUAAAGGAACAGCCCUCUAUCGGUUCCCAAUCUGAGGGGUUCUCGGAGAAUUUCUCACAGAUUCAUCGGCUCGCUCAGGCUAAUUCGUCACAAGGUGACGAGUAUUGGAAACUAUACGAGCACUACACGCAAGCACUUGGAAAACUUGCCGACGCUCAAGAUUCUCUCGAAAUUACCAAGAGGGCUCUGACAGACGCCAUGGCUGAGGUUGGACUUGCCGGCAAGGAGAAAGUAGACAUGAUUCACGAAGUCAAGGAGAGCAACUCAGCCGAAGUCGCCAAACUUCGUGCUGAAUGGGAUGAGUGUCAGCAUAGGUUACAUUUGCUCGAGGCUGAGCUUGACGCUAGUCAAGAGUUGGUCCGCGAGGUGUGUGCUGAACGAGAUGAGCUGCGCAGCUUAUUCGACAAAAAGCAAGUUGAAAUCCACGCGGAGGAUCAGGAAAUGUCCAACGAGAUGAAGAGGCUGCUGGCCGAAUUAAUGGCCCAGGAAAACGGUGAUUCUGCAGAUGCUUCUCAGAAAUCUGGUCCGGAGCUCGCCAAAGAAGUCGCUGAGCUGAUUGAGAAGUACCUUGAAAAGCUUGCGAAGCGCGCAGAGUACAUCCACCAUCAAAAUGAGCACAUUAAAUUCCUGCAAGAGCGCAUCAAGCAUUUCGAAGAAGACAAUGCCGUUGAUGGUAUUAGCAAGGAGCGCGAGCUCGAACUUCAGAAGGUCAUCGACAACCAGGGACGCGAAUUGGCUCUUAUCAGCUCUGCCUGGUACGAUCUCCAAGGCCGUUUACAAAGCAAUAAUGUCACGGUGUCGAGAUUCCGCAACGGAGCCAACAUGAGCGAGUUGCAGAAGGGCUGGUUGGGGAGACAAAGAAGUCUGGUAGCAGGUCGCUAG